GUGGACACCAAGUGAUCUGUGAGACCAGGACAGUCACUCUCUAUCUCUCUCCUUCCUUCCCUCUCUCUCUUUCUUUCUCUCUUUCUUUCUAUCACCCUCUCUCCCUUCUUCCUUCUUUCUCUCUGUCUCACCCUUGUAUAUUUUCCCCUUUCCUUCACUUUCUCUUUUACUCCUCUUUACUUUUCUCUCUCAUUCAACUCUUCAUUCUCCUUCUCUUUCAUCUCUUACCCUCUUCCUCCUUUGCUGUCUUUAUAAAUGUCCUUUCUGCCCCCUCCCUCUCUUACUCUCUCUUGCUCUCUCUCAAUCACUCUCUUUCUCUAGUCACUCUCACCGUGUGCUCGCGUCGUUCACGCUACUCACAUGGAGACUCUCCACAUGGCUCUCACUCUCGGUGAGCUUGCAGCUCCGUUGAAGAAGAAACAUCAGGAGCCCUCACUGUCAGAGGAAGAGCCAGAGUCUAACUACGCAGACCUUGGGGAAACCACCACGGCCAUCUCGGCAGGCAUGAGGACAGACGCCGCGAAAACUGUGAAGGUCACGUUUACAGGGGAGGGGAACCAGCUGGCCGUGUUCAGAUGGAAGGACACUGGAGAGACAAAUGACUCUUCCUCUACCGUCAAAUCCGAGAGCUCAGCGGGCAAGGAAGAGUCGGAGGAGCUGAGCUACACAGAAAUGCGCCUAGGGAGUAGGAGCCAAUCGGUGGAUGAAAAUGCUACGCCAACUGUGGACGCAGAAUCGCACUACAUCACAACUCACGAAAUCCAGCUGACAGAGCUCGACCAUGAUGCCGACUGCGACUUUGGCCGUGGACCACGCUGGGAUUAUGAUGACGACAAUCUUGUUUACUCAUUUGUGGAUUAUGCAUCGUUCGAGAGUGUUAAUGAAGAUGGAAUCAGGGCCAAAAGCACCCAGCGGAUGGACGUACAGAGUUCUCGACCCCCCAAACUGGCGUCUGUAGGGGCACCAGUUAGCACCGAAAGUGAGCUAUGUGAAUCAGACAAAGGUACAAGUUCGGACGAGAGUCCCAUCAAGACGCAAGAUGACAGGCUCCCUUCCACUGGACAAGUUCAAUUGGCUGUUAAUGCUUGCCCAUCCACCAACUGUCCAGAAGAAGAAGAAACUCCCCGUUACCUAAUGGCACGAAACGCCACCGGAGUUUUCAUAAACUCUUUUAACAAGGACGAGGCACUUCGGGAGCACACUCGCUGUUUCAUCCCAGCCCCUGGCCGGCAACACCUUGCUAGCAAAUUAAGAGGCAAAGAUGUCAAUGAGUAUUCAAGUGGUGCAUCCAGUUCUGUUAGUGAGCUGGACGACGCGGACAAAGAAGUACGCAACCUAACAGCUAAGUCAUUCCGCAGCCUGGCAUGUCCUUACUUUGAUGCCAUCAACCUGAGGACAUCCAGCGAGUCCUCUGUAUCUGAGCAUGGGCUGAGUUUCAACAGAUGGUCUGCCUUCGUUGACUGGAAUUAUGGCAGUAUGGGCCGUGAGCGCAGUACACUAGAGGCCACUAAGCGUGUGGAAGGCAAAAAUGGUAAUGCUGUCACUGUUACAUCCCAAAAUGGAUCCUCUGAGUCAACUGGAAAAAUAGAACCAAGGAACAAGUUUCAGCCGGAGAGAGACAAAGCCAAUGCAGUCACCAUGACUGAGACAUUGAACGUCAGUUACAACAUCCAAUCAGGUUUGGGCACAAAACACACAUAUAGUGCUAUGGGGUCACGUGGGACAGCUAGUUUGGCCAUUGCCAAGCCUGCCAGGCCAGUGCACGAAGGAGCAAAUGUGCCAUGUGAGAUGGAUGACAGCACAGAACACACCUACAAGAAGGCCAUCUUUGCCUCAAGCCUCUUGAAAAAUGUCAUCUCCAAAAAGAUGCAGUUUGAGCAAGAAUGUAAAAUGGAGAGAGACCAAAUGCAGCAUGCUUCGCCAUGCCCUCCAGCUAGGGAACAAGACUCUAACAUAAACAGCACAGACACUAAGGGCUUACAAAGGCAAACAUCCGAAACAGGGUCAGGGUCUGUUGUCUCCCUGGAGGAGCUUGGAGACAUAAUGGACAGUGCUUCCCACGUUUCUGAAGAGGAAGCACAGAGUAGUUUGUGCACUGCCACCGCAGAAGUCAAAGUGGAGUCACCAAGCGAAGCCAGGGCAGACCCUUGCGAAAGCAGAAAAGAUCCUUUACCAUGCAGCCAAAACAGUGCCUUCAAGACCUGGAAUGACGGUGAGCAGGACAGCUUCAAAUUACCACCUGAAAAUGAUGACAAACCUACAGAGAAACUGGCGUCCACCACAAAAACAACAGCAACAAAGGAGAGAGAAAGUGAAAAUGGCAAGACGACCAAAAUGUCCCAUUUGUACGUCCCAAGUUCACAUCUCCAGCCCAAAGUAGAAGCAGGAGGAGUGCACAGAGGAACAAGUACCCCCUCAGAGUGCAAUCAGAGUGGGAAACCCCAGGAGAUUACAAUUCGCUUGCACAGCAUGAAGGAAAACAACAGCAAUCCAUUCAGCAUCUCUAGUCUGCUAACCCCUAACAUUGCUCACCCAGUUAAAAGUCAUGUAGUGUCCAUGAGUGACAAAGCCCCACACUUCAUGGUAAGGGAUGUCCGGGACAAUAAAUGGAAGCUGCAGACUCCUAUCCAUCAGGUGCGGGAUGUGCGCAAGCUGGUGAAAAGCUCCUAUAGGUUUGUCUCACUAGAAAACGUGGACAACAAAACAGGAACCUCUGUGUCACAUGAGGAGAGUCACCCCGUUAAGAAAGAUCCAGACAAAGCUCACUUCCCCAGCCCCAUGGUGAUCAAGUGCCAGUCAGUAAACACAAGUGGUAUUGCACAGCGAGCAGCAAAAGGAAACAGUGAGAUCUCACGAGAAUCAGAGACAGGGCGAGAUGCAUCCCAAUGCACCAGAAACGAAAGCAUGCGUCGGGUUCUGGGGGCGAAACAGACUGACCCAAAACCUGUCAGACAGAAAGUGGAGUGCAAGCUCACAAACCAGGCAGCUCUUGAGAAGCUAAAGGCUGCAGUAAAAACAAUGGAGCAGCUAUACGUCUUCGACAGGAAUGAGUGGAAGCGCAAAACCGAGGCACCGCGAGUAGUUUCAGACAGUCACGUACUCUCUCUUAUCACUAGUGAGGAGCAUGGGAUGGGUGGCAAAAUAGACUCAGAAGAUGAUCUGGGCAAAGUCACAAACCUUGACUUGCACACUGAGAAGAUAUGCGUGAAACCGGCAGUGGAAAUUGAGACAUCUAAAACUGUAACAACAAAGCGUGACUCCAUUGAUGAGAGGUGUUUGUUGGGUCUAGGAAGCAGUCUGGGCAGUAGAACUAUUGCUGCUGCACAGCAAGGCAGUCGCACUGUCCAGAAGUGUUCCAACAGUGGCAAGCCCAGCUCUACUAAAGGUCCCUUGUGCCUAAAGAUUUCUCCACCUAAAUCUAGGUUAGAGGAACAACAUAGAAUUGGAACCACUGCUUCAGAGACUCUUUGUAAACCUCAGCAUCCACAUCCAACUCUCUCUGAUUCUGAAAACUAUCUGACCAUACCUGUCAAAUCUCGCCCAAAAGAACCAAAACAUACCCAUCAACACCGUCCCCCACAAUCCCACCCACCCCUGCAGCGCUCCCCGGUUAUCACAGAUUCUUGGUCUCCUGAGAACUCAACAGCGACCAUAGUGCAUCCCCAUACACCUCAUCCACAAAUGCUGUGCAUUACACCCCCUACAGAUGCCCUUGCCCAGAACACCCAGCGAAAGCUCUUGCUGGAUCCCACCACCGGACAGUGCUACCUGGUAGACACCCCUGUCCCCCUGCAGCCGGUCACUCAGAGACUCUAUUACCCCGAAAGUGGUCGAUACGUGGACGUGCCAAUGUCCGUGAACCCUGUACCUGUCUCGCCCGUCACCCUGAGUCCGCCCUACGCUCCCCCAGCCUACUUCAUCUACCCACCCACCCUGCUGCCGACCCAUUCACACUCCCAACCAUCCACAUAUUCAGAAGGGGACAGUACUGGAUCCAGACCAAGCGGCCUGUACUUCACCCCACCACCAGGUGUAGCAACUUCCAGCAGUAAGCCGGUGAUUAGCAUCACAUCACAACAAGGGCCCCGAAUCAUUGCUCCUCCUUCAUUUGAUGGGACAACCAUGAGCUUUGUGGUGGAGCACAGAUAACUGAGGGCUUGGAGAGAAUGACUGUGUGAUUGAGUAAGUGUGUCAGAGUGUGUCUGUGUGUGUCUGUGUGUGUGUGUGUGUGUGUGUUAGCCUCCAGAAACCUGUCCAGGUUCUCACCACGACUGCAAAAACUCCCACGGUUAUCGGAAAUCAUCUGUCACUUCCUGUGUUCGUGCUUCCUGUAUGCUCUGCAGUUUGUGAUAGAAGCAUGGGAUGUUUAAAACGGCAGCCCUCGGGCGUGGAGGACAAUCAAAAACCUUUAUUUUUAUUUAGAUCUGAUUUUAUUUGUUUUUGUACCAAAGCGCUGUGCAUUCAGUAAUGGCCUGUUGCCACCAGGUAGUGGAAUUAUUACAUGUUUAUGGAAAAAUUGGACAAAAUUGGACUAAGAUUUUAACAAUCACAGUACAGUUUCUGACAGAUUUUGACUGUCACAAUAAUGAGUUUUGAAGAUUUUGACUCUCAUAACAUUGGAUAUGGAUUUGUCACAGUAAGGACUUCAACUUAUACUUUUAAACUACUUUCUUCUUUCAAAAUCUGAAACAGGGACAUUUUCACUGUGGGAAUAAGGAAUUUUGAAGCUUGAACUAGGAAGAUUUUGACUGUUACAACAAUGACUUCUGAACAUUGACUGUCGCAUUAAGGAAUUUUGAAGAUUUGGACUGUCGCAAUUAGGAAUUCUGAAGAUUCUGACUGUUACAACAAUGACUUCUGCACAUUUUGACACAAUAAAGAAUUCUGAACAUUUUGACAGUCGCAAUAAGGAAUUCUGAGUAUUUUGAUUGUCACAAUAAGGAAUUCUGAAUAUUUUGAUUGUCACAAUAAGGAAUUCUGAAGAUUUUGAUUGUCACAAUAAGGAAUUCUGAAGAUUCUGACUGUUACAACAAUGGCUUCUGAACAUUUGGACUAUCGCAAUAAGGUAUUCUGAAUAUUUUGACUGUCACAAUAAGGAAUUCUGAAGAUUUUGACUGUUACAACAAUGACUUUUGAACAUUUUGACUGUCGCAAUAAGGAAUUCUGAAGGUUUUGACUGUUACAACAAUGACUUCUGAACAUUUUGUCUGUCACAUUAAGGAAUUCUGAAGAUUUUGACUGUUACAACAAUGACUUCUGAACAUUUGGACUGUCGCAAUAAAGAAAUUCUGAAGAUUUUGACUGUCACAAUAAGAAAUUCUGAAGAUUUUGACUGUCACAAUAAGGAAUUCUGAAGAUUCUGACUGUUACAACAAUGACUUCUGAAGAUUUUGUCUGUCGCAAUAAGGAAUUCUGAAGAUUCUGACUGUUAAAACAAUGACUUCUGAACAUUUGGACUGUCACAAUAAGGAAUUCUGAACAUUUUGACUGUCGCAAUAAGGAAUUCUGAAGAUUUCAACUCUCCCAACAACAAUUUUCAGAGAUUUUAACUGCUUAAUAGUCUAUUUUCUCAAUGUUUUGAUUUGUGACUGUCUCAAAAUUUAAAAACUCAUUAGUUUGACAGUGUAUGGCAGACUUUCAGUUUCUCCUACUUUCCCCUACUUUUUAAAAACGUCCCUACAUAGCAUUCUGCUGAUCUGCCGCAGAUGGCAACGCACAGUUUUAGAUAAUGUAACGUAAUAGAGUCAAUAAUUUUGACGCAAUUAUCUGACUGUUAAGAGAAGUUAGUCUUCAUUAGCAUUGGUCCAGUUCUCUAGCUUGAUGCUACUCUGCUGAAGAAACAUGUGCUGGUCAUUUUUACUUGUGUGAGGAGUACCAAUCAAGAUGAGAGUGUAGCACUUUUUGGGGGCGAGGUAAUGACUGUUCUGCCUCUGUGAAGCUGAGCAGUUCUUUACGGUGUUAUUGUCUUUUAUGGACACCAUGGCUAAAAAAUGGUAACCACUGAAAUGCUUCUGAAAUUAAGCUUUUUUUCUAGAUUAUACAGUGUAUUAAACAUCUACCAUCCUUUGAAAUAAUUAAAAAUAUUUAUCAUUGUUAUUCCCCAUGUUAACACAGAUCUUAGCAGUGUUACACUAGCCUGUGUGCAUUUGUUUGACUUUCUGUUUCCGUUUCUGUUUUUUUGUUGUUGUUGAUUUUUUUUUUUGUUCCAUUUAUGUGAGCGUACAUUAAAGGUAUAUGGAUCUGCAGGCCAGUCUGUUUACCUGCUCUCUGAAGAACACUUAAUUUAGGCCAAUUUAAUCAAAUUUAGCAAUGUGGAGAAAAGAGUCAUUGGGUGAAUCUUAUUCUAUGAUGAAAAAUGGUCCAAAGCAGGUCUGAUCAGUCUGUUCUAAUGACUUCUCAAAGUUCUUGUUUUAUCUUGUUUCAAAACCUGAGAAUAUUUGUGGUUGUUUUUGUUUUAUUUUGUCUUUUUUCAUCUUUUUGUUCAUGAUUUUUUCUCUGUAAAGUCGUCUGAGUGUCAUUUAAGGGGAGUUGAAACACUAACCUGCUGCACCCUCCUGCCUAAUUCAGUCGUCCGUCAUCAGCUCUAGAUCUUUAUCCGUCUAUGUUUCCCAGGUCGUUAAUCCUAGUCUAUGAAAAGGGGAAUCAUUAUAUGCACAUAUCCUAUUUUUACACUAUCGCUUUCCAGCAUUUCUUCGUCUCCGCCUUUAAAACCAAUAUACAGCUCCGGAAAAAAAUAAGAGACCACUUAAAUAUGAUAAGAUUUUUAAAAUUUAACAAAUUAAAACUCGCUGGAAUAUAAUCAAAAGGAAGAUGGAUGAUUACAAGCCAUUCAAACCAAGCUGAACUGCUUGAAUUUUUGCACCAGGAGUAAAGGCAUAAAGGUAUCCAAAAGCAGUGUGUAAGACUGGUGGAGGAGAAAAUGCAAAGAUGCAUGAAAGCAGUGAUAAAAAAUCAGGGCCAUUCCACCAAACUUUAUGAAUAUUAUUAUUAUUAUUUUUUUGCAUGCCUCUGCAUCUUUUUUGUUAUUUCAUCCAUUUCUCAUUUUCUGCAAAUAAAUGCUCUAAAUUACAAUAUUUUUAUUUGGAAUUUGGGAGAAAUUGUGUCUGUAGUUUAUAGAAUAAAACAACAAUGUUCAUUUUACUCAAACAUAAACCUAUAAAUAGCAAAAUCAGAGAAACUGAUUCAGAAACUGAAGUGGUCUCUUAAUUAUUUCCAGAGCUGUAUAUACAUCCUGCCUCAUAUUUGCAUUUCUUCUUGCACCACCAGAAAAUUGUAAUCUUCUAAGACCUGGAAUUCACAAGACCUCAAGAGAUCUGUCCUGUGGGGUCUGGCACAAAAAGUUAUAUUAGCAGCAGAUGUCUCAUUCUUGCGCUCAUCCAUUUUCCCUGCUUCCAACACACCAACUUCAAGAAUUGACUGUUCUCAUCUCACUUGACAGUGGUUUUAAAAUUAUGGCUGUUGUAAAAAUGGGAGGAGCUAAACUCUAAGCACUGUGACAUUCAAAAUACAAUAACCCAUUAGAUUAGCUUCCAUAUUCACCACACCAAUCAGCCAUAACACUAGCACCACUGCCUUGGGAAAUGAAAAACAUUGAUUUUAUUCAUUCCAGUGAUGCUUUCAGCACUGUUCUGGUUUGCGAACCAAAUUUUGAACCAUUCGCCGCAUUUCCACCAACAAAUGCAGGUUUCAGAAGCAGGAACGUUUAUUUGCAGCAGAAAGCAAAUAAUUAAUUUUUAUAUCCCAAGGAUAGAAGGACGCGGGACUUUUAUUAUGUAAUUGGAACAGCUGCGUAAUUGAUGAUAUCACCCUCUCAGGGGAGCAUUACAUUAUUUACUUUCUUAACAAAAUAAACCACAUAUCUGAAAUGUAAACCACUAUAUUUACAGCUAAAAUUAACUUUAAACUUAAUUUUAUCACAUAGCAGUACUAGUUCAGAAACAUACAACUUACAGGUAUGUACUUUCUCCUCUGCCGAUAAUGCUACAAGGUGCAUUCUGGGAUGUUGGACUGUAAGGAGUUGUUUUUCAAGAACCAGAGUACUUUUAGUGGAAAAGUACUAAUGUUUUAGCGGUACUAAUGUUAUGGCUGAUUAGUGCAUGGACAAUAUGUACUGGGAAGGGUAAGAAAGGAAAAUGUG